UCUUAUGAUUUUGCUCCAGGAUUGAAAGAUUUUCUAAGCUCUGCUGUGUCCGAAAUGUCAGCAGCUUUGCCUAUUACAAGGAAGCGUAAAAGGUCAGCCUCCGAUUAUCCUUCCACUAGCUAUAAGUUUGUUAAACUAGAUGUUACAGAUACUGGUUCGGUUGAUUUGUCCUCUGAAGGUGAGUUAUUGUCUGAUGAUCAGGAGUCAGUAUCUGAUCAGGAUACAGAUUUUUUUUUUCUUUUGUAUUUAAACAUCUUUGCUCUCUUCUCAGAGAAGUGUUAUGUACUUUAGGGGUUUAGGAUCCUAAGGUAUCUGAGGACAAGUCUGUUAAUCAAUUGGAUUUGAUUUUUAAACCUGCAGUGCUGCUAAAUCCCAAAAUGUUUCUCCUGUUCCUUGUGCUAUCUCUGAGCUAGUCUCUGAGGGGCGAUUUAGGCCAGGCAGUUCUUUUAAUCCUUCCUUAAAGGGAUAGUAAACACCAAAAAUGUUAUUGCUUAAAAAGAUAGAUAAUCCCUUUAUUUACCAUCCCCCAGUUUUGCAUAACCAACACUGUUAUAGUAAUAUUUUUCCCUCUGUGAUUACCUUGUAUCUAAGCUUCUGCAGACUGCCUCCUUAUCUCAGAUCUUUUGACAAAGUUGCAUUUCAAGCAAUUAGUGCUGACUCUUAAAUAACUCCAUGUGCAUUAGCACAAUGUUAGCUAUAUGAAAAACAUGAACUAACACCCUUUAGCUGUGAAAAACUGUUAAUGCAUUCAGAUAAGAGGCGGCCUUCAAGGUCUUAGAAAUUAGCAUAUAAGUCUACAACUUUCAACUAAGAAUAUUAAGAGAACAAAGCAAUUUUGAUGAUAAAAGUAAAUUAGAAAGUUGUUUAAAAUUACACGCCCUAUCGUACUCAUGAAAGUUUAAUUACAAGUUAACAUAAAACUCAUAACUAAAGUGUUAAAAAGUACACUAACACCCAUAAACUACCAAUUAACCCCUAAACCGAGGCCCUCCCGCAUCAAAAACACUAUAAUAAAUGUAUUAACCCCUAAUCUGCCGCUCCCGACAUCACAUCCACUAAUAAAAUGUAUUAACCCCUAUUCCGCCGCUCCCCGACAUCGUGACCACUAUGCUAAAGUUAUUAACCCCUAAACCUCUGCCCUCCCGCAUCAAAAACACUAUUUAAAUAUUAUUAACCCCUAAUCUGCCGUCCGCCCACAUCGCCCCCACUAUACUAAAGUUAUUAAGCCCUACACCGCCGCCACUAUAAUAAACCUAUUAACCCCUAAACUGCAAGCCCCCGCACAACGAAAUAUACUAAAUUAAACUAUUAACCCUUAAACCGAAUGCCCCCCACAUCGAAAUAAACUAAAUUAAACUAAUCACCCCUAAACCUAACAACCCAAAACUUUAUAUUAAAUUUACAAUUUCCCUAGCUUAAAUUAAAUUACAAGAAUUAUUGACAACAGCUUUAGACAGAGAAGUUAUCAAUGAAAAAGAAUAUGAUUUUCUGUUUAAAACCAACUCAAAAACUCCAAUUUUUUAUUUUUUGCCAAAGUUACACAAAAAUCCUCUACAACCCCCAGGUCGCCCAAUCAUCAGUGGCAUAGAUUCAUUAACUUCUAAUUUAUCUGCAUUUAUAGAUUAUUUUUUACAGCCUUAUGCACAAAAUUCAAAAUCAUAUUUAAAAGACACCACCAGUGUACUCAACAUUAUUAAACAAUUAGAAUGGAAACCUGAUUUUCUAUGGGCUACCAUGGACGUUACAUCAUUAUAUUCCAUAAUAGACCAUCAAAAAGGUCUAACAGCCAUCAAAUGGAAACUAACCCAAGAUCCUAAUUUAUCUGAAAAAAUGUUAGAUUUUAUUUUGGUAGCUAUAGAUUUCAUGUUAACCCAUAAUUUUUUCUGGUUCAAUGAUUCACAAUAUUUACAAAUUUGUGGUACCGCCAUGGGCACCAGGUUCGCCCCCAGCUACGCCAACAUUUAUAUGGACCAUUUUGAACACCUUUAUGUAUGGUCCAAUGACGUGGCUGGGGCGAACCUGGUGACAUGGCGGAGGUACAUCGACCAUGUCCUCUGCAUUUGGAAGGGAAAUAUAGAAAAUUGCCAACAAUUUGUUAAUCAUUUAAACAAAAACAACAUGAACAUCAUUUUGACCCCAGAAAUAAAUAACACCAAAGCAAUCUUUUUAGAUUUGUCCAUCACAACGGUUGAUGGACAUAUACACACGAAAACACACUUUAAGGAAUGUGAUGCAAACACAUACAUUCAGCAUGACAGUCAACACCACCCAUCAUGGUUAAAGGCUAUUCCCAGAGGACAAUUCCAACGCAUCAGGAGAAAUUGUGAUAAAAUAGAAGAUUACGAGGAACAAUCAUUAUUACUUAAAAAGAGAUUUUUGCAAAAAGGCUACUCUUCAAGUAGUCUUGAGGUAGAUAGACAACUAAUUAAAAAUCAGGAUCGCAAUUUAAUUUUGGCAAAAAAUAAAACUACAACAAAUCAACAAUCUUCUUUCCCCAGAUUUGUCACAACAUUUAAUUCAGGGCACCAUCAAAUCAAUAAAAUAAUCAAAAAACACUGGCACAUUUUACAGAAUGACGAAUUCUUAAGUAAUAUUAUACCCAACAAACCCCAGAUCACAUAUAGAAGAGGUAGUAAUUUUAAACAAAAGUUGGCCCCUUCUUUAAUUAAAGGCAUGGCCCCCAAACCACCUUUAAGUAUAUCUAACUUACAAGGUUUCUAUACAUGUGGAAAAUGUAAAGGAUGCAAUUACACAAAAAGAACUCACAAAUCUUUUACUUCCUUUGUAACGGGAAAGACCUAUAUAAUUAAACAUUUUAUUACAUGCAAGACUCAGAACGUGAUCUAUUUAUUACAAUGCAACUGUCAGAUCCAAUAUUUAGGACAAACAACCAGAUUUCUCAAGACCCGUAUCUUAGAACACCUUAACAAAAUAGAGAAGAGACAUGAAGAUCAUGGUGUCCCUUUACAUUGCAACACUUGCACCAAAUUUGAUUUUAAGAAUUUUUCAUGGAUAGGGAUAGAAAAGGUAACCACUCACUGGAGAGGAGGGAAUUUGGAAGAUGAGUUAAACAGGAGAGAACUAUGGUGGAUUCACACACUAAGAACUUACAAUCAUUGGGGGCUCAAUAAAGAUAUUCGAAUAGCAGCUUUUAUCUAAACUAAUUCCAUUAGGGAUAGAGAAUUCUUUAAACACAAGGUUCUAAUAUAUGAAGUAAUUAUUUACUACUGUUAAGUUUAUUAGUUAUUUAUUUAGUUACAUAUAAUAUUACUUUAUUGAGUUCACUAUUUAUUUUCUUUUCUUUCUUUUCAUUUUUAAUUCACACAAGUUAGGAAGAUAAUUAUUUUCGCAAUUAGUAUUGUAUUAAAUUAUAUUUUGCACAUUUUUUCACAUCAUAUUUAAAUUAGAUAACACAAAAAUUAAGGUAAACCAAAAAAUUGCAAAUAUAUUUUACAAAUUUAUUCAUAUUUAAAUUAGAUAACACAAAAUAUGAAAUACCUUUAAACUGCACACAUAACUUCACUGUUUUAUUUAUCCUUUAACGUAGCUAUGCUAUAAGGUUAUGGUAAACCGUUAAAUAUAAGGUCACUAUUCUUAUCCAUAUAUGAGUUGAACGGACAAAUGCUGCCCUCUCUAAAUUUUCUCGAUGGGUUUUAUAAUAUAAAGAGAAACUUUUUAAAUUCCUUUUUCAUAUGAUUCAAAUUGAUAAUGCGGUCUUUAAUGUGUUUGCAAAGUAUUUAUAUUGUAUAUACCAUUGCAUAAAUGUCUACGUUACUGAGUUAUAUGUAAUUUAAGGCUGCCGCAAAAGUCUUUUUAAUAGAAACUUUGGACAGUACCAUUUAGUGACUAGAAUUAAAUCUCCAUUUACAUGUAUUAAAGUCCGCACAGUGCAAAACAUCUUUGCACAUAUUUCUUAUGUUAUCAAAUUAUAUAUAAAAUUGCCAUAAACCAACUAGAUAACAUUCAAUUGUAUUGGUGAUUAGAAUGGAUACUGCCGCUAUUCUAUUUUUUCUAUUCAUAGAAUGUAAGAUCGUAAAUCCCUAUAACGGAACAUUUGGUUAAAGCCACAAGGAAAAACGUCCUCACAGAUUGGUCAGAAAUAACACGUGACUAGCGAGCCCACACGACGUCAUAGAUCAACGGAAAAUCUUCUAACAUCAUGGGAUUGGCUAAAAGUAUCACGUGAAUUUAAAGCGGACCUUAAAGGGAACUGAAACUCAAGGAAUACUCGAAUGGGGACUUAAUCUAACUCUGUCUUCUCAUUGGACAAAAAUGCAAAUUUCACUUUACUGCUGAUGAGGUUCCAAUCCUUUUCCAGCCCCUUGUUGAAAACCUCCUUGUUGUUGCCUUUGGAGAGGGACAUAUCACAGAGGGAUAUACCAUAGAAGCAGGACUCACGUUACUUAAGGAGUGAGUAUAUUGCACAUUAUUGCAACAGAUUUUAACUUGCACAUCAAGUCCAUUUCUAUCUAUUAUCAGAAACUUAUUAUUCCGCAAGACCAGCGCCAUCCAUUUCGUUUUGUCUAUUGCUUAUACAGUCCUUGGGGAGAGACUGAGGAAGGGCAGCGGUCACUUUAUUUAACAAGGAGAGUAUUGUUUUUAGUACAUUGUGUUGAGCAUAUUUUCUGUUAACAUCUAUUUGUUUGCUACACACAUCUUUGCACAGUUGUUCAUUUAUUUUUCUCCUACAUGGCUAAAAACACUCUCAAUGACUGGAGAGCGGCAAGACAAAAUAAAUACAAUAAUGCUUUUAAAGAAAAUUCACACCCUAGUUCCAACUGGGAAACCAUUAUAUCUAAACUAGAGAAAUUAUAUGUCAAAGAAACAAAAAGAUGGUGGGAAACCACCUUCCUUAGCCGCUAUUUAAAUGAAAAUCUAGUUCCUAGAGGAUUAAGAGUUUACAAAAUUCCAGCUUUUGGUAUGAAUGACAAAAUUUUCCUAGAUAAAUGGAAUGCUGCAUUACACAAAUGCUCAACAGAGUUGGUUAGUUUACUAUACGAAUCACAAGACAUUAGCUUAAAAAAUAUAGAGAAAGAAAUAAUAGCUCUUGAAAAUGAAUUGGACACUUUUUUAUCAGAUAAACGUUGUUUAGAUAAAUUUGAAGAAAUAAAAAGUAAUGCUAAACAAUUAGAUGACCAAAUUGGGAACUCCAAAUACAAAAAAUAUCUCAGGGACAAAGAUGAUUUUGAUAAGGGCAUACAAUAUGUCCAAAUGCAAGAAGAAAAUUCUAAUAUACAAAAUAAUUUUGCUAAAGGUCCCCACAAUAAACACUCCUUUAGUGGAGAUAAACAGCACAUUGGUAAUAAACCAUGGGAAAAAAACAGAGUUAAUUACAGGACCCAACAGGGAUCAAACAGACAGUCAAAUCAUUAUGACCAAAAUUAUGAUCAACAUAAUGGAGAUAGGGAAACCUAUAAUAGACAUACAAAUAGUAAUUCAUACAGGAAUUAUGAUGCCAAACAGGAAAAUAGAAAUACAUACAAUUAUGACAAUAGAGCACAUCAUAAAGAUUCUUACCCUUUUCCAUCCAAUCAAAAUUGGGACAAACACAAAUCAACACCCCACACCAAUCAACAUUGGCCUCAAAACAACAGAUUUGCCCCUCUACAGAAGGACAGCCCCAAUACACCAGUAGACAGACACACUCCACAGUUCAGGAAUCAAGACAGCCCCAUCGCAUCAACAGAAAGAUACACCCCACAUUUCAGGAAUCAGGACAACAGGUCCAACCCAAGAAAACGAGAAAGGACACCAAUUCAGUUAGAGGGAGAAGGGGAGGUGGAGGCAAGACACAUGAGAAAAAGACAUUUUUAAGUAAGAUAUAUAAUUUGUCAUCACAGCCAAUCAGUGAACAAGAAACACGGGUAUUAGCCAAAGGACUUAAAUUUGUCCCAACCCAAGGAGUAAAUACUUUUCAAUUAUUCAUAGACGCUCAGAAAUUCAUCAGGAAUUUAACUAUUAAACGUUUCUUUAUUAAAAAAGAAACUUUAAGCUAUACACCUCCUGAGAGUGACCCGAGGACUAAAUUUAAAAAUCCAUCAAAAUUUUAUCCCAGUCAUUUCAAAGGGCCUUGUAUAGAUGUCUUUGGGAAACUAAUUAUGAAAGACAUAGAAAAUUUGAGACACCAACCCAAACACUAUAAUCUAUCUAAAACAGAAUCUGAAAUUUUAAAAGUACUUAACAAGAGAGAGGACAUCGUUAUAAAGGAAGCUGAUAAGGGGGAGGGGUAGUCAUUAUGGAUAGAGCCUUUUACUUACAAGAAGCCAACAGAAUUCUAUCAGACACUAACACUUACCAUAUUCUAAACCACUCCCCCAAAAAAGAAUUCAGUCAGGAAUUACAAGAAUUAUUGACAACAGCUUUAGACAGAGAAGUUAUCAAUGAAAAAGAAUAUGAUUUUCUGUUUAAAACCAACUCAAAAACUCCAAUUUUUUAUUUUUUGCCAAAGUUACACAAAAAUCCUCUACAACCCCCAGGUCGCCCAAUCAUCAGUGGCAUAGAUUCAUUAACUUCUAAUUUAUCUGCAUUUAUAGAUUAUUUUUUACAGCCUUAAGCACAAAAUUCAAAAUCAUAUUUAAAAGACACCACCAGUGUACUCAACAUUAUUAAACAAUUAGAAUGGAAACCUGAUUUUCUAUGGGCUACCAUGGACGUUACAUCAUUAUAUUCCAUAAUAGACCAUCAAAAAGGUCUAACAGCCAUCAAAUGGAAACUAACCCAAGAUCCUAAUUUAUCUGAAAAAAUGUUAGAUUUUAUUUUGGUAGCUAUAGAUUUCAUGUUAACCCAUAAUUUUUUCUGGUUCAAUGAUUCACAAUAUUUACAAAUUUGUGGUACCGCCAUGGGCACCAGGUUCGCCCCCAGCUACGCCAACAUUUAUAUGGACCAUUUUGAACACCUUUAUGUAUGGUCCAAUGACGUGGCUGGGGCGAACCUGGUGACAUGGCGGAGGUACAUCGACCAUGUCCUCUGCAUUUGGAAGGGAAAUAUAGAAAAUUGCCAACAAUUUGUUAAUCAUUUAAACAAAAACAACAUGAACAUCAUUUUGACCCCAGAAAUAAAUAACACCAAAGCAAUCUUUUUAGAUUUGUCCAUCACAACGGUUGAUGGACAUAUACACACGAAAACACACUUUAAGGAAUGUGAUGCAAACACAUACAUUCAGCAUGACAGUCAACACCACCCAUCAUGGUUAAAGGCUAUUCCCAGAGGACAAUUCCAACGCAUCAGGAGAAAUUGUGAUAAAAUAGAAGAUUACGAGGAACAAUCAUUAUUACUUAAAAAGAGAUUUUUGCAAAAAGGCUACUCUUCAAGUAGUCUUGAGGUAGAUAGACAACUAAUUAAAAAUCAGGAUCGCAAUUUAAUUUUGGCAAAAAAUAAAACUACAACAAAUCAACAAUCUUCUUUCCCCAGAUUUGUCACAACAUUUAAUUAAGGGCACCAUCAAAUCAAUAAAAUAAUCAAAAAACACUGGCACAUUUUACAGAAUGACGAAUUCUUAAGUAAUAUUAUACCCAACAAACCCCAGAUCACAUAUAGAAGAGGUAGUAAUUUUAAACAAAAGUUGGCCCCUUCUUUAAUUAAAGGCAUGGCCCCCAAACCACCUUUAAGUAUAUCUAACUUACAAGGUUUCUAUACAUGUGGAAAAUGUAAAGGAUGCAAUUACACAAAAAGAACUCACAAAUCUUUUACUUCCUUUGUAACGGGAAAGACCUAUAUAAUUAAACAUUUUAUUACAUGCAAGACUCAGAACGUGAUCUAUUUAUUACAAUGCAACUGUCAGAUCCAAUAUUUAGGACAAACAACCAGAUUUCUCAAGACCCGUAUCUUAGAACACCUUAACAAAAUAGAGAAGAGACAUGAAGAUCAUGGUGUCCCUUUACAUUGCAACACUUGCACCAAAUUUGAUUUUAAGAAUUUUUCAUGGAUAGGGAUAGAAAAGGUAACCACUCACUGGAGAGGAGGGAAUUUGGAAGAUGAGUUAAACAGGAGAGAACUAUGGUGGAUUCACACACUAAGAACUUACAAUCAUUGGGGGCUCAAUAAAGAUAUUCGAAUAGCAGCUUUUAUCUAAACUAAUUCCAUUAGGGAUAGAGAAUUCUUUAAACACAAGGUUCUAAUAUAUGAAGUAAUUAUUUACUACUGUUAAGUUUAUUAGUUAUUUAUUUAGUUACAUAUAAUAUUACUUUAUUGAGUUCACUAUUUAUUUUCUUUUCUUUCUUUUCAUUUUUAAUUCACACAAGUUAGGAAGAUAAUUAUUUUCGCAAUUAGUAUUGUAUUAAAUUAUAUUUUGCACAUUUUUUCACAUCAUAUUUAAAUUAGAUAACACAAAAAUUAAGGUAAACCAAAAAAUUGCAAAUAUAUUUUACAAAUUUAUUCAUAUUUAAAUUAGAUAACACAAAAUAUGAAAUACCUUUAAACUGCACACAUAACUUCACUGUUUUAUUUAUCCUUUAACGUAGCUAUGCUAUAAGGUUAUGGUAAACUGUUAAAUAUAAGGUCACUAUUCUUAUCCAUAUAUGAGUUGAACGGACAAAUGCUGCCCUCUCUAAAUUUUCUCGAUGGGUUUUAUAAUAUAAAGAGAAACUUUUUAAAUUCCUUUUUCAUAUGAUUCAAAUUGAUAAUGCGGUCUUUAAUGUGUUUGCAAAGUAUUUAUAUUGUAUAUACCAUUGCAUAAAUGUCUACGUUACUGAGUUAUAUGUAAUUUAAGGCUGCCGCAAAAGUCUUUUUAAUAGAAACUUUGGACAGUACCAUUUAGUGACUAGAAUUAAAUCUCCAUUUACAUGUAUUAAAGUCCGCACAGUGCAAAACAUCUUUGCACAUAUUUCUUAUGUUAUCAAAUUAUAUAUAAAAUUGCCAUAAACCAACUAGAUAACAUUCAAUUGUAUUGGUGAUUAGAAUGGAUACUGCCGCUAUUCUAUUUUUUCUAUUCAUAGAAUGUAAGAUCGUAAAUCCCUAUAACGGAACAUUUGGUUAAAGCCACAAGGAAAAACAUCCUCACAGAUUGGUCAGAAAUAACACGUGACUAGCGAGCCCACACGACGUCAUAGAUCAACGGAAAAUCUUCUAACAUCAUGGGAUUGGCUAAAAGUAUCACGUGAAUUUAAAGCGGACCUUAAAGGGAACUGAAACUCAAGGAAUACUCGAAUGGGGACUUAAUCUAACUCUGUCUUCUCAUUGGACAAAAAUGCAAAGUAAUUCACUGAUUGGUCACUUUUAUUGUUCAUGUUUAUGCCGAACCAAAUAUAAAGUUAACAUUUCAAAGUUAAAUGAGAGACAUAAAAAGAUUUAAUAAUUUUUAAAAAUAAGGUUGCGCCUAAACAUCUAGUAGGAAUUUGUACUUUUAUUUCUGUUUCUAUCAUGUGAGUCCAAUUUCCUGCCACAGACAGGAAAUUGGAACAUCGAUACAUUUGUAUAAA